CCUUUGUUUGUUCAACUUCAACAACUUGCAUAAAUAUGAGAUAAACUAUAAAUUUAUGCACCGAAAAUACGACAAAGGUGGAGUAUUUCUACUGAUCGAUUAUGUCAUAAUAGGCCCGAGUUGGAUAUCCAAUUGAUUUGAUAUCUAGAAGAUGCCUUGUAUAUCACAUAGGUUUAGAAUACACAAUUCCACCCUACAAUUUUAAUAUGCUGUAAUAAUUGAUCUAGUUAAAUAUUUAUAAGACUACAUGGAGGAUCAUUUCAUGUACACAUUUUAAAUUCAACAAAGGAAAUAAAUUCAACACUACAGGUUAAAUAUAAUAGCUUAUCAAUUAUGGAUCUAGUUAGGUGUAAAUAUAGCGGUAGACUAUGUAUCGGAAAUAAUUAAUCAUACUUAAAUAUAGACAGACGAUCAUAAAGUAGAACCAGUCAAAAACUACCCACAUAAAGUAGCCAUAAGGGAUCAGUUCCCACAUACCUUUUAGUAAUCUCAUUUUUAGCCAAGAAUCUGCUAAUAUGGCCACCGCGGCACCAUCGGCAAGGGUUGACAGUAGUAAGCUACAAGAUAAGGUAGCCAUCAUCACUGGUGGUGCUAGCGGCAUCGGUGAGGCUACUGCCUUACUCUUUGCAGAGCACGGCGCACGUGCCGUUGUGAUUGCAGAUAUUCAGGAUGAAAAGGGUCAACAACUUGCUGAAUCCAUCGGCAAGAAUCGAUCAACCUACAUCCACUGUGACGUAACCGACGAGACUCAAGUCAAGUCUCUAGUCGAAUCCACUGUAAAUUUAUACGGCCGGCUCGAUGUCAUGUUUUGCAACGCAGGCAUUUUCAGCUCUAGCAUCCAGAAUAUCCUCGACUUUGACAUGGCUGCCUAUGAAAAACUGUUUUCUGUCAACGUCAGCGGAGUAGUUGCGAGUCUAAAACAUGCAGCACGAGCGAUGGUGGAGGGAGGAGUAAGCGGUAGUAUCAUUUGUACAGCAAGCAUUGCAGCUACUGCAGAAGGAGACAGGUUUACAGAUUAUGCGAUGUCAAAGUGUGCCGUGUUGGGAUUGAUGAGGCGGGCAAGUAGGCAGCUGGCCAAGCAUGGGAUACGAGUAAACUGUGUGUCUCCAAGUCCCAUUGGGACUCCGAUGGCGAUCAAGGCGCUCGGAGUGAGCAAUCAGGAGGAAGCAGAGAAGGCGUUUGAAUCGAGUUAUCGAUUGAAAGGCGUGCUGAAAGUGAAACAUGUGGCGGAUGCUGUGUUGUUUCUUGCCUGUCAAGAUUCUGAGUUUGUCACUGGUCAUAAUUUAGUUGUAGAUGGUGCGUACAGAAAUUGAAGUAUCAUAAUUCAUAAUUAUAAAUUCACAUUUUAGUGUUUAGUUCACCGUAUCGCAAGAUAUAAAUAAAUAAAUAAAUGAAAUAAUUCCAUACCCUUUAUCAUGUAAAAUAAAAUAAAUAGAAUUCUGGUAUGUAAUGCUAAAGAUUGUUUCUGUCAAUAUUAAUUGUUAACAGAGCCAGUGGUGUAAAAAAUUAUUCCUUUACUAAAAUAAAAUUUGAGUUGUUUAGCGGUC